CUACUUACUUGUGAUAGUCCACAAUAUUAUUUAUUAUUUUGCUAUUACUAUACGUACACUACUAUACAAGUUGUACACGGUGUACGUACGUAAACAACUAUAGGUGUUAGCAAUCAUCGCAGUCGCCCGCAAUAAUUGAAAAAUCAUCGAAUCGAAACGGUGUCCAAACGAAUUUCUGCUCGAAUCGUUUUUGCAUAACGGUAAUAGUGAUUUUGCACACAAUGACGUUGCUGCCCAGCAAUUGCGACAAUUAGUUGGUCGAUCCGUUGAAUUUCGUCCACACUGAAUCACUUCGGCCGCCGAACCAUGGGCUCCAAAGUGGAAUAUGUGGAUUCUUCACAGCUCUAUGCUACCAACUAUGUGCGCAACGCCAAAGCGGUUGGUGUGCUCUGGGGCAUAUUCACGGUGUGCUACGCAAUCAUCGUGGCGGUGGCCUUCAUCACUCCCGAAUGGAUAGGCGAUACGUCCACGUCGGAAAACCCGGCUCGAUUCGGUUUGUGGAGCAGCUGCUACUUUGGCAACGGCGUUUCUUCGGCCGUCGAAGACUGUCAAGGGAAACUGGACGAUUUGUCCACGGUCACAAAUACGGCAGCGAGAAUAGCAAUAAUUGCCGGAGGAGUGUCGGUGAUCGUAGCUGCUGUAGUCGUACUGUUUCUAUUGUUCUUUUUCUUUUUCCAAUCGACCACCGUUUAUCGUAUUUGUGGCUGGCUGCACAUCCUAUCAGCUUUCUGUUUGAUUACAUCAAUUGUGGCGUUCCCGAUGGGAUGGCAUUCUCCGCACAUCCAAAAGACGUGCGGUACGGACGCCAAGAGUUACAGCCUCGGCGAUUGCAGUUUACGAUGGGCUUACCUGUUGGCGGUGAUCGCCGCUUUGGACGCAAUCAUUUUGUCGGCCUUGGCGUUUAUUUUAGCCACGAGACACAUUAAACUUCAACCGGAACCUCUGUACGCAUCUACUUUACGUAAAGGGGAAUUGAACGGCGGAUACCUCGGCGAUAGUAGCGCAUCAAUGGCCGGAUCGAGAAAAUCGCUCAAUUUGCAGCCAGUAAUGUUGAUGCCGCAGCCGAUGAUGGAUCAAGAUCGGUUUUCGGAAUUUUCUAACAGAACGGGUCGCUCCAAUAAAGGUGCUAUGUACAGGCCUGAGUACGCUACCUCCAGUAUUCAUAAUUUUCAACUAUAGUAUUUUAUUUACUUGACUGUAAGCAGUAAGAACAUAUCAAAAUCGAUACUUUUACAUAUUAUUUGGUUUAUUUUUUUAUAUUAGGUUAAAAAAAAAUCUUUAAAACUUAAAAAAGGAUAAAAUGGGUUCAAAUAUAUAAGUAUUCUAAAUAUUUUAAUUUUAAACUACAAUUGUUGACUUUAGUUAUAGACUAGAAUAUAUAUUUGAUUAGAUUAAAUUGAAUAGUGCCUUUAUUUAAAUUUAAAUUUACUUUGUUUUGUAAAAUACAUUUAGACAACAUUAUUUUAAUUACUUUGUAUAUAUUUUUUUAUGUAUAUCAUUGAAAAAUUAGAGAAAACUAUUUUUGUUAGUUCUUUGCUCAAAUGGUAAAUUUGA